CAUCAAUCAUGUCUACCACCUAUCUAUCUAACAUAAAAAACCACCGGAAACGGACGCGUUUUAGAAGAAACCCUAAUUUGACGCCGGAGUUAGAAUCAGAGAUGGCGACGGCAGAGGAAAUCAACAAUGAUCCACUUCCGAAUCUUCCUAUCGAACUCGUCGCUGAAAUCUUCUGCAGGCUACCUGUGAAACUCCUGGUACAGCUCCGAUGCAUGUGCAAGUCAUGGAACUCUCUAAUUUCCGAUCGCAGUUUCACCAGAAAGCACCUCAGCCUCUCAACCACUCACCGUCUCCAUUACGCCAAAUACAGAAAUAAACAGUAUUUGAUUCACAAUUCUUACCCUCUCGAAUCGGUUUUAUCCACUAAAGUCAAACAACGUCGCCUUUCUUUCAACAGUAUUGCUGGUUCCUGUGACGGCAUUCUUUGUCUUUACGAUAAACCUAAAGGCUGUGUUGUAUUGUGGAAUCCUUCUAUUAGAAAAUUCAAGGAAUUACCCCCUUUUCAAAACAGUGAAAUUCUUAACAAGGGUUAUAUUUAUAUGACCGUCGGAUUUGGCUAUGAUCACGUUUCUGAGAAUUACAAAGUGGUUGUUCUUUACUACUCCGAAUCUAACUUGUUUGACACAACUAAAGUAAAAGUUCAUACUUUGGGCACCGAUUUUUGGAAAACCAGUGAGAGCUUUAGUUUUGGUGCUGUCUUUGAUGAGCAGUCCGGAACACUGGUAAGAGAUACAAUUAAUUGGAUGGCCUAUACGGAAUGGCCUCGCAAAGGUCCGAUCUUCAUUGUUUCUUUUGAUUUGGGAAACGACUCUUAUCAGAAGCUUUUGCCUCCUCAUCAUGCAGAGAUCAGUACGAAUUACUUGAGAUUGUCUGUCUUGCGGGACUGCUUGUGCUUAAUUUCUGGUCAUCAUAUUUGGGUCAUGAAGGAAUAUGGAAUUCAAGACUCUUGGACUAAACUGUUCUCCUUUUCAUGCAUACAAGAUCCUACUAAGGAUUAUAGCUUGUCCAAUGCGUUGUAUAUUUUUGAGGAUGGCCAACUGCUGCUGGAAAUUCUAGACGAUUGGAAAACGAAGUGGAUUGUUUAUGAUCCAAAGAAUGAUACUUUUAAGGUUACUAUGUUUAAAAACAUCCUAAAACUCUGUCUUGAAACUUUGAUUUCACCCUGUUCUUAAUGCUAGGAUGUAUUAUAUGCAUUAUGUGCUCAAAACUUACUUGCGGUUUCUAAAUAUUACUAAUUCUUGUAGUCUCUAAUUGUUAGAGGAAUUUUAGCAGACUAAGAGUUCUCUGAAUGAUAAAAAAAAGUGUUUCUAUUUAUAUUUAGGAUUCUAAUAAUAGCGCAUUAUAUUUUCUUGAUCAAAUGCCCUGCGCAUUUUGCUGAUGCAAAUGUUUGUAUGUCCAUGUUUGUUUCUACUCUAAUAUAUA